AUGGCACAAUUUCUAAAGUGUCCCGACAAUGUUCUCUUCUCCAAAGUCGUUUAUUCACGCGUCUACUUUUACAUUCUUCCUGAGCUCCGCCCAUUUCUUCACGACUUGGAGUCCUAUGAGCUGCCGGAGCUGGUAUACGAUGAUGGUGAAGCGGUAAUUCAAAAGAUAUUGGAUAAAUCGAAUAAUAAAUUGAGAAUGUACGGAACGGCCAAGGAGAUUGCCGAGAAUAUCAAAAUAUUCAGAAAUUUCACUGGAAGUUUUCGUUUUUUCGAUGACCAUGCGUAUGCUUUCAAUAAGACCACUUCGUUUCAUUUGAUGCUUGCAAAGAUUCUGAAAUCUAAAAUUCUGUCGACUAAUGGACCCGUGGAAUUUGUGAAAUUCGAUGAGAAAAUGUUCGAUGAAAUCGAGAAAGAGAUGAGAGAAGUAGAUGCGAAAAGUCAUCAACAAGCGUCUGCGCGACGUAACAAUCUAGAAAAGUUUUUUUUGAACAAGAAUUACGCAGCGAUCGUUUCAAAACUCCGGGAAUUGAAUCCGACGGUUUGGGAUGAUGGGAUGGCAAAUUCAUUACUCAGACGGCUACAAUCGUUAUCUGAUACAGAAAUCGAGACAAAAAAAGAGAUCGUUUUCGGCGCUCUCAUCGAUAGUUAUAUCAUGAAGUGUAUUGAACAAAUUGUGGAAAACCAAGCACCGCUUUUCAUGUCUACACCGGAUACUUCUCCAAUUACAGUCAGAUUAUUUGAGGAUGGAGAGAAGAGAUAUGUGAUGGAGGCGGAAUUGUACUAUGCAUUCAAUAGAUUGUCUACGGGAUCUGAGAGAUUUGAAACUGGAAGUGAUGGAUUUGUUCACAAGGGAAUGAGUUUUGAAGAAGUCAAGUCAGAGUUUGGAGAUAGAAUUCAGAAAAUUGAGUUCAUCCGCACUCCGAUUCUUCGCUCCAAACACCGUGCAGUACCUUUCAGACCCCACUUUCCGAGACAAUUCGUCAUUCCAACUGUCGAUUAUUUCUUCGAAUUCUUGAGAAAUCUCAUUUUAGGAGUCAAGCUAUUCCAAAAGUACCAAUCCCCAGAUUGGAAAAAUUUUGCUCCGAUUUUUCAGAAGGUAGAGCAUUUUUUCUAUUCUGAUCAAAAACACCAAUACUUCUUAAGAUUCAAUGCUACACUAGACAUUAGCCAAUCAAUCAACGAACUAAAGAAAUACGAAGUCUUGCCAGUCAAAGAAGUCAGAAAUGUGAAGAAAAAUGGAUUCACUGUACAGAAUCUGAAGGAAGAACUGAAAUAUCUGGGACUCACCAACACAUUCUCUGAAAUUCAAGACCAUGCAGAAGAUGUAUAUGAAGGAAUCGAUAAAGUGAAGAAAGAGAGAUAUCUGAGAACAUGCGAUUUAUUUGAUGCUGUGGAGAGCUGUCAAUUGAUUUGUGUGCUCAAUAGGGUUCCGAAUCUCAAAAUGUUCCUUCACAAUCAGAAAGGAUGUGGAAGAGUUCUCGGAUACAAGUGUGAGCAUUGUGAGAAGGAAAAGAAGGCGACGGUUGCACUAGAAACGAUGGAAAUCAGUCAACAACCAGUGGAGGUUCAGAAGACGUCAGAGCACCAGAAUCCAGCGAAAAAACGGAAAAUCGAGACCUCAAAUAGCUCGACUCCAAGCCAACACUCACAACCGGCUCUCUCCGCUCCACAAAUAUGCGAUAAGUGCUCGGAGUCCUCAAAAUCACUCGAGAAUGCUGAAAAUGAGCUGAAAAUGAGUCAAGAUCAACAGAAGAAAAUGGUGAAGGAGCUGAGUGAUUUGAAGAAAGAAAAUAAAAAAAUUGUGGAAUCUGAAGCAAAGAAAAUAGAGAAAUUGAGUAAAGAGAAAGAUGAGGAGAUUCUGAAGGCGUCAAAGAAAAUUGAGGAGCUCGAGAAGGCAAAUCUCAAGUUGACAGCUGAAAAUCAGGCAAAUGAGAGAAUGAUUGAGAAGUUACUCGAUAGAAUCAGCUACUCAUCUACUAAUAAUCAGAAAACAACUGAAAUUCUUCCUGGAAUUUAA